AACAUUAAUAAACUAAACGCGUUACUAGCCAAAUCCAUCUCCUUUUACAUCUUUCUUUUCUUAAAUAAAGAGACCAAAAAUCCUCAUCAUUAAGCUAUAUGCAAUUUUGUUUUUGAUUGAGUUCUACUUCUAGCUACUAUAGGAAUAUCGAUUCAUUACAACAUCUUGGUUGUUACGCUUACGAUCAGAUCAUCAUCAUAAGGCUAAAGCUCAAUAAGUACGUAUCAUUCAUUUAUUUAUUGCUUUUGAUCUGAACUCAGUCUCCAGUAUUAGCUACUUUUAUAGCUUUCCCACUUAAAUUACGUAGUUUAGACCAUGGAGAUUGAUUUGGUUAAUAUAACAGAGACAAAGCAUCAUUAAUACUGUGAAUAUAUGCACGAUAAUAAUGGAGAAGGAGGUCAAUUCAAGCAAGAAUUCAGAGAUCAUAAAAUAUGGACCAGUGUUUGUUUUGGAAUUCAUAGAAGAGGAGGGAGAUGAAGAUGAUGAUUCGGAAUCGGAAUCGGAAUCGGAGGGAAGUUUGUUUUCGAUCGACAUAUUCAAGCAUGAAAGGGUUUUUGUAGGUGUUGGCCAUGGGAAGAACGAUUCUAGCAUGGAUGCGCUGCUGUGGACUCUAAACCAUGCUGUAACUGCCUCUACCAAUGUCCAUCUCAUUCAUGUCUUCCCUCUGCUUCGGCUGGUUCCAUCUCCAUUAGGAGGGAUGCUGCCAAAGAGUCAAGCAAGCCCAAAAGCGGUGGAGAUCUAUUUAGCUCAACAGAGAGACAAGAGGAAAAAGCUCCUCCAAAAUUACAUUGAUGUGUGCUCAGCAGCUAAGGUCAAGGUAGAAACUACGCUAAUAGAGAGUGGCAUUCCUUCAGAGGCCAUCCUACAACUAAUUUCAACUCUCAAAAUAAGAAAGCUAGUACUUGGAUCCACCAAAUCCAGUCUAAGGAAAGUGAAGUCUAGACGAGGAACUGCAAGUCAAAUUCUUGAAAAGGCACCGCAAAACUGUGAGAUUAAGAUCAUAUACAAACGGGAAGAACUAGAUGAUGAAUCAUUUGGAUCACCUUCUUCCAGGGAUAAUAGUAGAAAUUCCUCAUCUACACAAGAGGGAGAUCAAGUCCCAGUAAUAAGAUCACCAGAUAUGGUUGGCCCUGAAUCACCGUCUGUUGGAACAAAUGUAUCAGGACAUAUUUGGAGUGUCUUUAAAUGGGUAGGAACAAAGCCCACUUCAAAUUUUGGGUCUGGCAAGAAAACUGAGACCAAUAUCUCAGGUUUACAUUUACAAGAAAAUCUUCUUAAUUAGAGAGAAUAUACUACAGCAAAUGUAGCUAUACCUAUUCGUUUGAUUUAAUGCAUUUUUAGUUUCUGAAAUUAGACAUCGCUCCAAGUUCGGUGUGGUUCUUUAACUUUGUUUCGUGUCAUUCUCGGUCUCUUUGUCAAAAUCUCACCAUGAACUUCUGAUUUCUGUCAAAUUUCGGCAAGAUUUUGUCCAAGAAACUCAAAGUCGCAUUGAAAAAAAAGUUCAUGAACUGAAAACAUUUACAAUUAGAAUUUCAGAAACCAGACUAGGAAUAUGUCCAAAGUUAAGCAGCUAUGAAUGCACUUUACUCUUUCUUUCUUUCUUUCUUUUAGGGUACCGCCGCGAGAAGUCUUCCUCAGUUGCAUAUAUGGUUGUAUGUGAAUUAGUUUUAGAAUUAUAGGGGAGAAAGUAUGGCAAUAUUAAUGGAUGUUAAAUCUAAUUAUGGGUCAUUUCUUUACACUAAACUGGUGCAAUUUCCUGUAUUUGAAAUGCCCAAUAUUGCAUAAGCACAAAAGUCUAAGCUUGGUUUUAAUAAUCAUAGCAAUGGCUGAUACUACAUGAAAUGGUGAAAGAAGCACAAAAUGGUGUUAGUCAGUAUGUUUUUCUUUAGUUUCA